AUGGAAACCUUAUUAGACCAUUCCAGCAUGCAUAAUAAACAAGAUGAUCACCGGCAGCUUCCUUAUGAGAUUGUGGAGGAAAUUCUGCUGCAACUGCCGAUGAAGUCCCUCCUUCGUUUCAGAAGCGUAUGCAAGCCAUGGCUUGCUCUCAUCUCCGACCCAAAAUUUGUCAAGUCACACCUCCUUAUCCGCUCUACCAAACCAGAUGUCGAUGACCAUGAUUGUGAUCAUGAUCAUGAUGCUCAUGGCAAAACUACAUCGUCAAGAGCACGACUCAUGCUCUCCACUUUGCCCCUCCUUCAGUCCGUCCACGUACAUAUUCUCAAUACCACUACUAUUGAUGCACCUGCAACGGCACCCUUGCCAUCCCCUGGCGACGGUGAAGCAGAACCUAUAGCAGAAGCAAAGGCAGAAACAGAAACAAAAGAAGAAGCAGCUGGCACAACUAGUGCUAAUACUACUACUAAGGUUGUGGAGGAGGAGCAUGAGUACCCUGUGACAAUGAGGCGGCCUGUCGAAGACAUGAAGAUUGUCGGCUCUUGUAACGGCCUUGUGUGUUUGGUGCUUGCCUCGGAAGAUAUGAUGAUUUAUAAUCCAUCCACCAGGCACGUUCAUGCAGCCCCAAAGUUGAUGACAAUCUCCGAUAAGGAUUACUUCUAUGGCUUCGGUUACGAUUUGUGCAAGGACGAUUAUAAAAUAGUAAGGGCCACUUCUUCAAGUAAGGCUGGCAUUUUCGCCACCCAACUUGACAUUUAUUCUUUGAAGAACAAUACUUGGAAAGCCAGAGCCGAAACCCUACCUUUUUACUUUCUGUUCAACGUGGUCGGAACUUUACUCAACGAGGCUCUCCACUGGGCAGUUCGCCGUGGAAAGACUACCGAUCAAGUUGCCGCAGACGGUGAUGAUGAGAGGCCUUUCUCUAUUGUUUCUUUCGAUAUAACGGAGGAGACGUACCGGCAAGUUCCCCUACCGGGCGACGGGGACAAAAAAUUCUCGUUCUAUGGUUUGGGGGUUUUAGGAGGGCGGAUGAGUAUGCUCCACAGCCCUCAUGGGUCUGAUUAUCAGGUGUGGUUAAUGAAUGAGUAUGGGGUCAAGGCAUCUUGGUCUAUUUUCACUACCAUUCCGCAGAAGAUGGAUUCUGAAUACCUAGGGCUGAUGUCACUUCUGAGUAUUUUGAGCAACGGUGAAAUUCUAAUCCUCUUGCAUCAAAGGAAACUAGUCAUUUACAAUCCGGCAGACAGAAAGUUUCGAACCGUAUUCUCCGGAGAUGUACACUCUUCUCAAGUGGCUUUGUACAUGGAGAGCCUUGUUUCACCCACCAUGAAAUACUCCAUGAUCAGCUAG